GCAGGGGGUGGGGCCCUAAAAAGCAGAAAAGAAAAAAAAAAAAAAAAGAAUAGCAUCUGGGCUGUAACAACUGCAUGUGCAUCUGUCACCCUAGGGCCCUGCAAAGGCCACUCCAUGUUUCUUAAGCACUCUCAGGCUGCAAGGAACAGGGUUACACUUGUUUAACAAACUGUUUCCUCAGGGUAGCCUCCUUUCCUUCCUGCUCUUCUUUAGAGGAGAGGGCUUGAGAAAUCAGGACAGCUCUGAGAAGACUCUGGGGGUGGGGAUGCAAAGAUUGGCCCGAGACUUCUGCCUGAGCCAUUUCACCUCUCUAGUCUCCUCCAGGCUCCCUGCCCCCUCUGUCUCCAGGGUCACCUGCCACAGUUUCCUGCCUCUGGCCCCCACUGCUCUUGGCCCUCUGCCAAACACCCCUCUGGUCCCCACUCCGGGCCCUUUGGUUCGUGGUUGGAAGCCCCUCUUCCAGCUGCCUCUCCCCUCUGCUCCUCUCCAGUCUGGGGCGAAUACAGCAUGUGUUUCUGCCUUACAUUCUCAUCUCCCCGCUUCUUCAUGCCAGCUAAUGAUUAUUCAGGAAACUUCUCUCAACCUGCUGGCCUUGACCCAAAUCUUUAGGGCAAGGGUCAUGAGAGUGAUGUCAUGGGUCAUGUGACUGCUGCCUAUACCUCUCUCCCUCUGCUGCCCUGGUCCUAACAUUCUAGAAAGCUAAUUGUGUCCCCUGCCUCCAGCUCUCUUGGACAGAAGCCUGAGCUGAAAGACCUUAUCCUGAUGGCUGACUCCAAACCACUCCUCUCCCUUGAUGGGGACCCCGCGGCUGCAGAAGCUUUGCUCCAGGAUGUGUUUGGCAUCGUGGUGGAUGAGGUCAUUAGGAAAGGGACCAGCGCCUCCGAGAAGGUCUGCGAGUGGAAGGAGCCAGAGGAGCUGAAACAGCUGCUGGACUUGGAGCUGCGCAGCGAGGGGGAGUCACAGGAGCAGAUCCUAGAGCGGUGCCGGGCUGUGAUCCGCUACAGCGUGAAGACCUGUCACCCUCGUUUCUUCAACCAGCUCUUCUCAGGGUUGGAUCCCCAUGCCCUAGCUGGGCGCAUUGUCACCGAGAGCCUCAACACCAGCCAGUACACGUAUGAAAUCGCCCCCGUGUUUGUACUCAUGGAAGAAGAGGUGCUGAAGAAACUCCGGGCCCUGGUGGGCUGGAGCUCUGGGGAUGGGGUCUUUUGCCCUGGUGGCUCCAUCUCCAACAUGUAUGCUAUGAACCUGGCCCGCUAUCAGCGCUACCCGGAUUGCAAACAGAGGGGCCUCCGGGCACUGCCACCCCUGGCCCUCUUCACAUCCAAGGAGUGUCAUUACUCCAUCAAGAAGGGAGCUGCCUUUCUGGGACUUGGCACCGACAGUGUCCGAAUAGUCCAGGCAGAUGAGAGAGGGAAAAUGAUCCCUGAGGAUCUGGAGCAGCAGAUCAGACUGGCUGAGGCUGAGGGUGCUGUGCCAUUUCUGGUCAGUGCCACCUCUGGCACUACCGUGCUGGGGGCCUUUGACCCCCUGGAGGCCAUUGCUGAUGUGUGCCAGCGUCACGGGCUGUGGCUGCACGUGGAUGCCGCCUGGGGGGGGAGUGUUCUGCUGUCACAGACCCAUCGACAUCUUCUGGAUGGGAUCCAGAGGGCUGACUCCGUGGCCUGGAAUCCCCACAAGCUCCUCUCCGUAGGCCUGCAGUGUUCGGCUCUCCUUCUCCGAGACACGUCGAACCUGCUCAAGCGCUGCCACGGGUCCCAGGCCAGCUACCUCUUCCAGCAGGACAAGUUCUACGACGUGACCCUGGACACGGGGGACAAGGUGGUGCAGUGUGGCCGCCGCGUGGACUGUCUGAAGCUGUGGCUCAUGUGGAAGGCACAGGGCGGGCAGGGGCUGGAGCGGCGAGUGGACCAGGCCUUUGCCCUUGCCCGGUACCUGGCGGAGGAAUUGAAGAAGCGGGAGGGGUUUGAGUUGGUCAUGGAGCCUGAAUUUGUCAAUGUGUGUUUCUGGUUCGUGCCCCCCAGUCUGCGGGGAAAGAAGGGGAGUCCGGAUUACAAUGAAAGGCUGGCUAAGCUCGCGCCCCUCCUCCCCCAGGUGGCGCCCAUCCUCAAGGAGAGCAUGGUGAAGAAGGGCUCCAUGAUGAUCGGCUACCAGCCCCACGGCACCCGGGGCAACUUCUUCCGCAUGGUCGUGGCCAACCCUGCACUGACCCGGGUUGAUAUGGACUUCCUGCUGAACGAGCUGGAACAGCUGGGCCAGGACCUCUGAGCCGCUCCUUCUGGCUGCUGGCCUGGACCCCCCCACGCACCCCACCGUCUCCGUCUCCCUAAAUCCCCUCCCUGUGUUCUCAAGAACAACCUCUCAACAGCCUCUUUAGGAAACAAUUCUAGGAAACAAAGUCGUCUUAAUUUUUUUUUUUUUUUCCCUUUUAGGGCUGCACCUGCGGCAUAUGGAGGUUCCCAGGCUAGGGGUCAAACCGGAGCUAUAGCUGCCAGCCUACUCCCCACAGCAAUGUGGGAUCCAAGCCGCACCUGCGACCUACACCUCAGGUCACUGCCAAGCUGGCCCCUUAACCCACUGAGCGAGGCCAGGGAUCGAACCUGCAACCUCAUGGUUAUUGGUCAGGUUCAUUUCUGCUGUGCCACAAUGGGAACCCCAAAGUCAUUUUAACUUUUAUGUACUUUGACCCACUCACUCUCCUUUAAGUAUUUGAUGUUAGGAGAAUGUUGAAAUAAACCAUAGCAUAUCCAAAUCAUGGAAUCUUACUCUGCCAUUAAAAUUAUGUUUACAAAGAGGAUUUUUAUAGAUAAGAGAAAAAUAACUUCAAUAUAGUGUUACAUUGAGAAAGCUGGGUGUAAGACUUUAUAUAUAGUAAUAUCUGAGCUGUAUUCAAAAAUACAUAGGAGUUCCCUUGUGGCACAGCAGGUCCAGGGUCCAGUGUUGUCACUGCAGUGGCUUAGAUCACUGCUGUGGCACAGGUUCAGUCCCUGGCCCAGGAAUUUCCACAUGCUGCAGGUAUGGCCAAAAAAAAUUUAAAAAGUAGGAAGAGACUGAUGAAAUGAAAUAUGCUGAAAUGUUAAUAGUCUUCCCUGGGAUGGGAGUAUAGGCAAUUUAAAGAUUAACUUCUUUAUACAUUUUGUGCUUUCCCCUUUUAUGGUAUAAUGAAUAUCUAUUACUUUUAUGGUAGGAAAAUAAUAAAGUUUAAAUUUCAGCUGUU